CUCUCAGGUUCUCCCAGGAUCAGGGAUAUGCGUAACAUCACGGCGGUGGCUGGGAGGAACACCUUUAUAAACUGCCGUGUGAUUGGCUAUCCCUACUACUCAAUCAAGUGGUACAAGGAGGGGCUUCUGCUGCCCGACAACCAUCGUCAGGUGGUGUAUGAGAAUGGUACUCUGAAGCUAAGUGACGUCCAGAAGGUGUUGGACGAGGGGGCGUACCUCUGCAGCGUGCUCAUCCAACCACAGAUCUUCAUCAGUCAGACCGUCUACGUCCAAGUCAAAGUGCCCCCUCUGAUCCAACCCUUUGACUUCCCCCCCACCUCCAUUGGGAAGCUCAUGUACAUCGCCUGCGUGGUGUCGUCUGGCGACAUGCCCAUCCACAUCACCUGGCGUAAGGACGGCCAGGAGGUCGCGCCCUCGUCCGGCGUCAACAUCGAGACCAAGGAGUACAUGAGCUCGCUGCAGAUCGGCAAGGUGUCCCUCAAGCACAACGGCAACUACACCUGCAUCGCUAGCAACGACGCCGCCACCGUCAGCUCUGAGAGGCAGCUCACUGUCACAGUGCCUCCUCAGUUUGUGGUCCAGCCCAAUAACCAGGAUGGGAUCUACGGCAAGGCGGGGGUCCUCAACUGCUCCGUGGAUGGAUACCCCCCUCCCAAAGUCAUGUGGAAGCACGCCAAAGGUACAGGGAACCCCCAGCAGUACCACCCAGUGCCUCUGACCGGUCGGAUCCAGAUCAUGGGGAACGGCUCCCUGCUGAUUCGUCACGUCCUGGAGGAGGACCGGGGCUACUACCUGUGUCAGGCCUCCAACGGGGUGGGCUCCGACAUCAGCAAGAGCAUGGUCCUGACCGUCAAGAUCCCAGCAAUGAUCACGUCGCACCCCAACACCACCAUGGCCAUUAAGGGACAGAUUAAGGAGCUGAACUGCACAGCGAGGGGGGAAUGGCCUAUCAUCAUCCGUUGGGAGCGUGGUGACACGGUCAUCGACCCCGACCGUAACCCUCGCUACGCCAUCACCACCAGCCCCAACGAGAAAAGUGACGAAGUAUUGUCUACGCUGAAGCUGAAGCCAGCAGAACGUGGUGACUCGGUCUUCUUCUCCUGCCAUGCCAUCAACUCCUAUGGAGAGGGACGGGGACUCAUCCAGCUCACUGUGCAAGAGCCCCCAGACCCUCCAGAGUUGGAGGUGAGGGAGGUGAAGGAUCGGAGUAUGAACCUGCGCUGGACCCAGAGAUUUGACGGCAACAGCAUCAUCACCAGCUACGACAUUGAGUACAAGAACAAGACCGAUCCAUGGGAGUUGAAGCAUGCCACCCGUAAGAUCUCUCCCACCAAUAACCAGGCCAACAUCGUGGAUUUACACCCUGCCCAAGUCUACAGCAUCCGCAUGUUCUCCUACAACAAGAUCGGACACAGUCAAGCCAGCAAGGAGCUCACCAUCAGCACCGAGGAAGCGCAGCCCGAUGGUCCUCCUAUGGAGGUUUUCCUCCAGCCUAUGACCUCGCAGAGCAUCCGCGUCACCUGGAAGGCCCCCAGGAAGGAGCUUCAAAACGGGGUGAUCCGGGGUUACCAGAUUGGUUACCGUGAGAACGGGCCGGGCAGUAACGGCCAGUACAGUAUCGUUGAGAUGAAGGCUACAGGGGACAGUGAGGUGUACACCCUGGACAACCUGAAGAAGUUUGCCCAAUAUGGAGUGGUGGUCCAGGCCUUCAACAGGGCCGGCACAGGCCCCUCCAGCUCUGAGAUCAACGCUACCACACUGGAAGAUGUGCCCAGCCAGCCGCCCCAGACCGUGCGGGCCAUCUCGGUGACAUCCGACGAGGCAGUGAUCACCUGGGCGGAGCCCCCGCGUCUGACACUGCACGGCGUGCUGAAGGGUUACCGUGUGGUCUUCUGGUCCCUCUUCCCCGACGGAGAGUGGGGAGAGAUGCAGAACAUCACCACAACCCGUGAGCAGGUGGAGCUGAGAGGGCUGGAGAAGUUCACUAACUACAGUGUGCAGGUGCUGGCCUACACCCAGGCUGGGGAUGGGGUCAGGAGCAAUGUGCUGUACAUCCAGACCCGCGAGGACCACCCUGGCCCCCCGGCUGGCAUCAAAGCUGUGCCCUCAUCCACCAGCAGUGUUGUGGUUUCCUGGCUACCCCCGCACAAGCCCAAUGGAAUCAUCCGCAAGUACACCAUCUACUGCUCCAGCCCCGGAUCAGGCCAACCAGCCCCCAGCGAGUACGAAGCCAACCCCGAGCUGCUGUUCUACCGGGUCACCCACCUGAACCGCGGACAGCAGUACCUCAUCUGGGCCGCCGCCGUCACCACCGCCGGACGGGGGAAUAUCAGCGACAAGGUCACUGUGGAGCCUGCUGGGAAGGCCCCAGCUAAGAUCCUAUCGUUCGGAGGUACAGUGACCACUCCCUGGAUGAAGGAGGUGAGGCUACCCUGCAGCUCAGUGGGCGAACCCACCCCCACCAUCAAAUGGACCAAAGACAGUGAGGACACGGCCAUCCCGGUAACUCUGGACGGUCAGAGGCUCAUCAUGGUCAAUGGCACACUGGUCCUGCGCUCGGUGAAGGCUGAGGAUUCUGGGUACUACACGUGCACGGCCACCAACACGCUGGGCUUUGACACCAUCAUUGUCAACCUGCUGGUGCAAGUUCCCCCGGACCAGCCACGUCUGACUGUCUCCACCACCUCCCCCACCUCUAUCACCCUGGCCUGGAUCCCCGGGGACAACGGAGGAUCCUCCAUCAGAGGUUUCGUGCUGCAGUACUCGGUGGACAACAUGGAGGGGUGGAGGGAUGUGUUCAUUAGUUCCAGUGAGAGGUCCUUCAAGCUGGACAACCUGCGCUGUGGCACCUGGUACAAGGUCAAACUGGCCGCCAAGAACAGCGUGGGAGCGGGACGCAUCAGUGAAAUCAUUGAGGCUAAGACCCACGGACGAGAGCCCCAGUUCAAUAAGGAACAGCCGGUGUUCACCCACGUCAACUCUACCCACGCCCGGCUCAACCUGCAGGGCUGGGCGAGCGGUGGCUGCCCCAUCACGGCCGUGCUGCUGGAGUUCAGACCUAAGGGCAACUGGGCGUGGCAGAACGUGCGCACCAACGCCACGGCCGACGUGUUCCUGGCUGAGCUCCGCGAGGCCACCUGGUACGAGCUGAAGAUGAAGGCGUGUAACAGCGCCGGCUGCGGGAACCAGAGCUCUCAGUUCGCCACGCUGGACAACGACGGCAGUACCAUCCCUCCCAUCAAGUCAGCGCGGCCGGAGGGCGACGACGUUAAGAAGCUCUUCUCCAUCGGCUGCCCCGUCAUCCUGGUCACUCUGGUCCUCGCCCUGCUCUUCAUCAUCCGCAAGAAACGCAAAGAGAAGAGACUGAAGAGACUGAGAGAUGCCAAAAGCCUGGCUGAGAUGCUGAUCAGUAAGAAUAACCGGAGCUUUGACACCCCUGUGAAAGGGCCCCCCCAGGGCCCCCGACUCCACAUCGAUAUCCCCAGAGUCCAGCUGCUCAUCGAGGACAAGGAAGGCAUCAAGCAGAUCGGUGAAGACAAAGCCACCAUCCCAGUGACGGACACAGAGUUCAGCCAGAAUGUGAAUCCACAGAGCUUCUGUACGGGCGUGUCUGUGCAUCACCCCGCCCUCAUCCAGAACACCGGCCCUCUGAUUGACAUGUCCGAUAUCAGACCAGGAACCAACCCGGUGUCGAGGAAGAGCGUGAAGUCGGCCCACAGUACGAGGAACCGCUACUCCAGCCAGUGGACCUUGACCAAGUGCCAGUCGUCUACGCCCGCCCGUACCCUCACCUCCGACUGGCGCACCGUGGGCUCCCAGCAUGGCAUCACCGUCACCGAGAGCGACAGCUACAGCGCCAGCCUCUCACAGGACACGGAUAAGGGGCGUAACAGCAUGGUGUCCACAGAGAGCGCGUCCUCCACCUACGAGGAGCUGGCGCGGGCCUACGAACACGCCAAGCUUGAGGAGCACCUGCAGCACGCCAAGUUUGAGAUCACCGAGUGCUUCAUCUCCGACAGUUCCUCAGACCAGAUGACCACGGGCACCAACGACAACGGCGACAGCAUGACCUCCAUGAGCACGCCGUCCGAGACGGGCCUGUGUCGCUUCACCGCCUCGCCACCCAAACCCCAGGAAUACGACCGCGGAAGACCUACCAACGUAGCCGUGCCCAUCCCCCACCGCGCCAACAAGAGCGAGUGGACUGGCAAAAGUGACUAUUGUAACCUUCCCCUCUACAUGAAGACAGACCCUUUCUUCCGGAAGCAGUCGGAGCUGCAUGACCCUUGCCCGGUGGUGCCGCCCCGCGAGGCCCCCAUCCGCAGCCUGGCCCAGCGGGCGUACCACACCCAGGGCCGUCACAUGACUCUGGACUCCUCCAAGCAGCAGCAGGCUCUGACUGUGGGCCACGCAGGCCUGGCCGGCCUCAGCGCCUCAGGGGGAGCAUCAGGGGGUGGGGGUGGUGUAGGAGGGGCGACUGGAGGGCCGUCUGGUGGUUCCAGCACCACCUCCCUGUCUCAGAGGACUCUCACCAUGCCCGGUUCCUCCUCUUCCUCUGCCCAGAGCGCUGCUGCUGCCGCUACCGCCUCGGCCAGCGGGGGAGCCACGGGGGGAGACUCCAGAGACCCAGAGACCCUGGGCAGACUAGAGAGACAGAAGCAGGCGGCUGGAGGGGCCUACUCCAAAUCGUAUACACUGGUGUAGCUGGAGCCACUGGUGGAGAUGUUGGAGCCUUGGGAAGGGUUAGGGGCCACCCAGACACACCUGGCGCCUGCACUGUCAGGCCAGAGGGGCCGCUCGGCAGGGGCCAGAUUGAGGUUUUUAUAGCACAGGAGUUCGUCUUCUUUCUGCCAGUUUGUGUUUUCUCUGUCUAUCCUUUUCUCUCUCCGUUUCUCUCUCUCUGUUUCUCUCUCUGUUUCUCUCUCUGUUUCUCUCUCUGUUUCUCUCUCGUUCUCUUCCUCUCUCUCUUUUUUUAGUUGACCUUCCCUGAAAAUAACUUGCCAAACGCAACAUAAUUGUAAUAUUUGUUUUUUCAAACUUUUUUUUCUUCUCUCUCUCUCUCUCUCUCUCUCUCUCUCUCUCUCUCUCUCUCUCUCUCUCAUAUUAUCUGUCAAGACACCUCAGAACUUCUGCACAAACUACAUUCCAUGUGCACUUUUUUUCUUGAAUUCAGAACAGUAAACGAAAAGAACCAAUAUAUUUAGAGUUUCACAUAAACAUGUCUAGAUGUUUUUAGGCUGUUUUACGUGUUCCUUUUUCAUAUCUCUGAACUGAGAGUUCAGAGUUCAUACAAGCAGCGCAUUGCCACGGAAAGUGCUUAUGCAUAAACCAACAACCUUGGUGUCUGUCUCUGGUCCUCCAAAGCCAUCCUGGUAGGGACUCACACAAACAGGCAACAGACUGUGGUUUCAACGACGAUGUUGGAGGAGUCUCGGGGGAUCCCCCCCCCCCCCACGCAAUUCAUGACACGGUAUAGAGUGUUGAUGACUCUUUUAUAGGACACCAGGAAACAGAGAGAGGGGGGAAAACUCUUCCUCUUUUGGAAUAUAUAUAUAUAUAUACUCAUGUGCAUUAAGAGGGUAGAAGGGGUUCACAGAACCUUCACGAGCCUGCGUGUGUGCGUGUAUAUGUGUAGAUAUGUAUACAUGUUGCUGGCACACACCUGCAGUGGACCUUUCUAAUCAAUCUGUAUGCUGACUCCUUGGCAGUGGCGCGAGUUAAAAAAAACUCCCGUCCAUCUGCUACUGACAGUGUUUUGGGGACGAUGAGGUCACGCUGUACGACGUCGCAUGUCGGUCUCUCCCUUCUGGACUUUGGUUGGCCCGGUGUGUUUGACACCGGCAGCAUCGCCUUGGAGACGAUGAGUUGAUUUGCCGUGCAUUAGAGGUGCCACCCCUCCUCUUGGUCCUCUCUCUCUCGUUCUCUCCGUCCCUCUGAGGCAGGGAGAAGACCCUUUGUUCUGUCCUUGCGCUUGGUGCCAGACACCCCCAUUCCUUCAUACUACCCCUCGGUCGACCCAAACCCCUGUAACCCUUCCCCACCACCCCACACCCCCAUUCCUUCAUACUACCCCUCGGUCGACCCAAACCCCUGUAACCCUUCCCCACCACCCCACACCCCCAUUCCUUCAUACUACCCCUCGGUCGACCCAAACCCCUGUAACCCUUCCCCACCACCCCACACCCCCAUUCCUUCAUACUACCCAUCGGUCGACCCAAACCC